AUGAAUGGACUUUUGCAUAUGCAUGGUCCGGCUGUCAAAAAACUUUUGGGUUGGAAAAUCGGAGAAGAUGAGGAGAAAUGGUGUGAGAAAGCUGUUGAAGCGUUGGUGAAAAAAUUGAAGAAAAAUAAUGCCGGUUGUGGUGAGUAGACUUGAUUUUAUCUCGAAAGUUAGGGUAACUCCAGACCACCCACGAAGCCUCUGGUCUAAACUUGAUCAAAUAAAAAAAGUUCAGAUCCUACUGUACGCACAAAUGCGUCGCAGUGUUUGCACACAACACUGCGCUGAGCGUGGAGGCAAUUUGAAAAUUUAGAAAUGUUUUCAGAAUUUGUUACUGGUUUUUUUCUCACAAAAAUUUUUUUCAGGAACACUAGAAGAUCUCGAAUCAGUUCUAGCAAAUCCAAAUGCAAAUUCUCGAUGUGUUACAAUUCCAAAAAGUCUUGAUGGUCGAUUACAAGUUUCACACAAAAAAGGUCUUCCCCAUGUUAUUUAUUGCAAAGUUUGGAGAUGGCCUGAUAUUAGUUCUCAUCAGGUAUAGGAAAGACUACUGUAGAUUGAGAAAUUGAAAAAUCUUACUGUAUGUUUUCAGGAACUUCGAUCAAUUGAAACUUGUUUAUAUCCUUAUGAAUCAAGUACUCGAACACAACAAAUAUGCAUAAAUCCAUAUCAUUAUCAAAGAAUUGCUCGACCAAAUCCAAAUCUUUUUAAUAGUCAAUGCUCAAUUAGUUCACCUCAAUCAAUUCCAUCUUCACCAAAUGGUUCGUUUUUUGGAUAAUUUCUGAGUUCAUGAGAUUCAAUAAAAAUGAAUUAUUUAGGCAUGUGGCCAUCUUCAUCUUCAACAACAUCAUGUGCAAGUUCACCAAGUCCAUCAAUAUUUUCGGAAGAUGGUGAUAGUCCAGCAAUUCCUCCUCGAAAACCAAUUCGAACUCCAAAAUCAUGGGCACAAAUCACCUAUUUUGAAUUGAACAGUCGAGUUGGUGAAAACUUCAAAUUAGUUAAUGAAAGUAUUACAAUUGACGGGUAUACAGAUCCAUCAAGUUCCGAUACAAGGUUUCUCUUCGAAGACUUGAGAUGGUAUUUGAAAAUUACAUAUUUUUUUUAGAAUCUGCCUUGGUCGAUUAACAAAUGUGAAUAGAAAUGCAACAAUUGAAAAAACACGAAAACAUAUUGGACGUGGAAUUCGAUUAGAACAUCUUGAAAAUAUGCAAAUUACUAUGAUCAAUAAUUCAGAGAUGCCUGUUUUUGUGCAAUCGAAAAAUACAAAUUUAUUGCUCAAUCAAACACCUCUGAAAGUUUGUCGAAUACCUCCAAGAAUGUCACUGGUAGUUUUUGAAUAUGGAAUAUUUUUCCAGGUUUGUCUAUAGUACCAAAAUUUUUUGAUAAUUAUUUUUUGCAGAUGCUUGAAAGAUCUAGAAAUGAAACUGAUGAUCUGAGUGAAUUAUCAAAACAUUGUUUCAUCAGAAUAUCUUUCGUCAAAGGUUGGGGAGAUGAUUAUCCAAGACAAGAUGUGACUUCAACUCCAUGUUGGUUAGAACUUCGCUUAAAUCUUCCACUCGCAGUAAGUUAUAAUAUUUUAUUGAUAUUUAAAUGAAAACAAAACAUUAGAAACAUUACAGUACAUUGAUCAAAAGAUGAAACAAACACCUCGAGUACGAUUAGAAGAACCAAAUUCGCAGACAUAA